AUGAACGGCAUGCAGCGCUUUCUCAGCCGCCGCGAGAAGCACCAGGCCGAGAAGCGCAAGUCCAAGGACGCCGCCCGCCUCAAAGUACGCUCCGUCUCUGCCACCUCUGCUCCCGCCUGCGUUGCGCCGCCUCGAGACUGGCCCUGCCGUCUGCGACGAACCUCGUCCAGCCUCGAGUCGCUGUAUCACAAGCUCCCCCAUGCCCUGCGCAGCACAGUCGCCGACAGCUUCCUGUUUCUGCACAAGUGCCGCGCACCGCUCAUCCCGGCAUUUACCCAUAUUCUUACCCUCGACUCUUCUAACAAUCUAUUGCAACAGUCAAGCUCUGGCCAGGCCGUGUCCUCCAGCCUCUACAAGAUAUUCACCAACGAAGACGCAAAGCCGACCCCCGACAAGGAUGUCUCGAAGAACGUCACAAUGCUGCUCUCACGGCUGCAAGGUGCGGGUGUAGCAAGACUUGGAAAGGAGCAAGUUGAACACGCUCUGGAUUGGUACCCCGAUGACAUCGACAAAGCCUACGACAUUCUGAUGCUUGCAAACGAGUCGAUCGAGGGCGAACUGAAGGACUACAAUCCCCAAGUCAAUAUGGUGGGCGCCAUCAACAGGAACAUGGUCACAUGUUACCUGGACGCUCUGCUUUUCGCCAUGUUUGCGAGACUGGACGCUUUCGAGGCCAUGUUGUACGACAACUUCGAUGACGAGCCUAGGAAGAAACUGGCAGCUACUCUACGGUUAUGGGUAAAUCUGCUCAGGACGGGACAACUCAUCCGAGUCGAGCUCACGAAGCACCUGCAGGACGCCUUGGCCGAGUGCGGGUGGGAAGACGCAGCCAGAAUCUGCCAACAAGAUGCCUCCGAGGCCUUCACCUUCAUCACUGGUGCACUCGAGCUACCGUUGCUCACCUUGAAGAUGGACAUAUAUCAUCCCGGCCGAGAAGAUAAAGAGGACGACCACAAGUUCGUCAACGAGCGGCUACUGGAAGUGGCUAUUCCUGAGCAGGAAGGAGAUGAAGUUAUUACCUUGGAAGACUGUUUGGAGACUUACUUCAACAAUCGCAUCGAGGUGAAGCGCUUCCUGCAACGGCAAAACACAAUAGGAUCAGUGAGAUCGGUAGCCCGUGAAGAAGUGGACCGAAAUCCAGAGAAGAACGAGACUAUCCACGUAGAGAGUGUAGAGCUACUGGAUCCAGAGUCGCCGAUGGUGGCCACUCCUGUAUCGAUGGCACCUUCCAGUCCAUUGUCAACCAUUCGACCGUCUCUUGAGGGACGUCGGCGCGCGGACAGUAUUUUCAGUCAAAGAUUCAAGAACGCGGGAGACAAGAAGUUCGACGAGAAAAAGCAUCUGGAUGACAUGUGGAACAACAGCUCUAGCGGGAGACCACGAUCAGCAUCACUCCUUAGAAAGGAGGUCCUGAUGCCGGCAUGGCAGUUUUUCAGUCUCAUUCCUUGGUAUACGGACAAUGUCCCCAAGACAGACGCUCAGGUUGCGGCGCACUUUUCAAGUCGACGCCCAGUUCUUGGAAUAUGCCUGAAACGCUACUCGAUGACCUUGAACGGCACCCCAAAGCGCCUCAAUACAUAUAUCGAUAUCCCACUCGAGAUCGCGCUACCACAUUUCGUCUCUGAUGACAGGAUGACGGAGGAGGGCCCACUAUUUGGCAACUUCAAGCUCGUGUUACAGUCGGUCGUUUGCCAUCGUGGCGUUUCGGUCGAUUCUGGGCACUACAUCUCGCUCGUCCGUGCAAACUUCCACGAGCGACCUAUGACUUCACAUUCUGAGGAUACCGACGAUACGGGAGCUUGGCUGCGAUUUGACGACUUGUCGAACCCUCGAGUGUCUGACGUGGACAUCAAAGAAGCGUUACGGGAAGAAUCGCCAUACCUGUUGUUCUACCAAGUCCAGCCGAUAGAUGAAGAGCUGGCAACGAGAGGAGACCCGCCUACGUACGCUGAGGCGCAGACUGGAGCGAUUUCGUCUCUCGCCUCUAGAGAGACACUCAUUUCCUCUCCAGAAGCUGGCGCUACGGACGCGGAGAGCAGUGGCGAGUGGGACAAAGUGAAGCUAGUGGACGUGCAUCCUGAAUCGGUUGUCUCAGAACCGAUAGGUCGUGCGAGCAUGUCUAGCAAUCGACGCAGUAGUGUGGCCUUUGACGACCUGGAGAGCAUUUCGCGUGGUCGAACUCAACCUCCCACCCCAGCCGAUGAGUCGAAAACUACCUUCUUGUCGGCUUCGCGCCGCGGGUCCCGGACGUGGCUAGGCGCCACGAAGAGUCGACCAACUAGUCAGAGUGGUGAAGGACGCCUUUCGUUGACCCUGUCAAGACUGACUGGUCGUGGUAGCAAGGACAAGCUAGCCAUCACUGAAGCCGGGGCUGCCGACGAGCCCGUCAUUAUCAUCAACUCUGUUGAUAGUCAAGAUCAUUCGCCACCGGAGUCCGAACCAAUCAAGGAGCAGAAAGAUUCGGGCAUCUCGCGUAAGAAGAGCAAGAAAGGGAAGAAAGAUCACCAGAGAAGUAAGAGCAAAGACCCUCUAGGAGAGCUUUCAGAGAAGAAGCAUAAAGACAAGAACCGUCCUGACAGAGAGUGCUCCGUUAUGUAA